UGCAGAUCGACUCGCUAGAACUGGGCACCCUCGUACGCCUGCCUCGACCAAAAGCAGCACUCACCGUCUGCCUUACCAAAAAGUCACUUGAACAAUUCACAAAUCACAUCCACCUCACUGACAUACACAAUUAUUUCUGCUCGACCAUGGCCAGAUCGAUGUUCGCCUUCCCUCUUCGCCUCUUUUCGAAGGUGAUCUCUCCCACAAAGCCGCCGACCUUGACUCCAUCAUCAACAGCGGCGCAGAAGCGGGAUCCUGCGGUCGCCGGCCGAAAACGAAGGACGCCAGACGGUGAGUUCGAUGACGACGAGCACCGUCCCAGAAAGCGCCUUAGAAGCAAGAGUUCGUCGACAUCGCCAGUCCAUGAUGCAGAGGAUGAUGAGAGCGCAGUCUUCAGCCUCGGGACCACGGAGGUGGAUUUAGACAGAGCCUUGAUGCCUCCUCCUGCCACGCCGCACCGAGAACAGAGAGACUUAUCUCGAAGUCCUUUGCGGCCCUCGAUAAAUCCUUCAUAUCAGAUUCACAACCACGAUGACGAUGCGAUAUCCUUCACAUCCACUGCCAUGGCAAAGAAAAGAGCCGACGACAUGAAUGAAGAACUUAUGGAAGAAAGGAGACGAUACGUCGCUGCCAUCCAACUCCCACGGAAUUCUGGAAUCUGGUCACAGACUGAGCGUGACCUGUUCUUCCACCUUGCCUACCGCGGCUUCGAACCACUGCUUCCUCAGAACUGGAUGCUGGAUUUUGGAACGCUCCCUAUCAGUGUGUUUGUGCACGACGACGUCUCAGAUCCGCCUCUUGUCCAAAAUGUGGUAGACAACCAAUUUCGAGCGGCUCGUGCGCUUCGUCAAUUGUUCGAAGCCGGACAUGAUGUUCGAGACAGAGUCUAUGUCAGUCCUGGGUCUUAUCGAGAAAAAAUACUAGGGAAAACAGUGAAGAGAUACUUGAAAUGGGCCUUGACCGAUGUGGGCUUCCGACCGAACUCAAACCCUGCUGAUUUUCCUGUUCACGUCGUUGUCACCAAACGCAGAGGUCAAAAUACGCUACAGACUCUCGAGCAUGUGGCCGGAAAACUCCAGCGACUGGCUGACAGGCAUCAACGAGCUCGACACAUACGGCCGAGCAUUGAAGUCCAGACCACAGCUGAGAUUGAUGCUGACGAGACGCGGGUUAUCGAAGAUGACGAUGCGCUACCUACACUGAUCGGUCUGGUCAUCAUCUCGUCAGUCAUCGCAGUCGUCACCCUGAGCCCAUUCUCUCAGCCAGUGGUUCAUUCAUCACCGCGCAUUCGCCAAACAGCCUCCCCACCAACAUCCGACCCCGGAACUCAAUCCACACAUAAAGGCGAUUGCAGUGCUGAUAGUCUGCGUAUCAUUGCAGAGUUUGAUUUCAGCCAGAAGGACCAGGACGUCUGGAAUGCGCUGGGUGUGGCAAUUGUAGCCAUGCAAAUCCGGAAGGAGGCCCUCAGAGCGAGGGCCGGCCUGCCAUACGACGGUGUCGACACGCUGGGUGCUGACAAAAUGUCCCUAGCAGGAUCGAAGCUCGACGAAGAUUUCGAUGACACAUUUGGUAUGUCUUCGACAAUCCACGUGGAAGAUGAUCCAGACCUGUGAGAUUCUGGAAUUGGAAGCGGACUAGUGAACAUGAGAGAGAUUACGCGGAAAAUUGUAUAUUCUACUCAAAACUUGGAAGAGGGAUUACACACAAAGGGUCAGAACUGGAAACAGUGACAGUCUUGUUGUGCAGUGGAAGAAAUU